AUGGAGUUCCUCGACAUGAGCUCCCUGCCCGACUUCGACAGCGGAGCCGUGGACUGGAGCGCCAUGCCACCCAUAGGUGCCUUUAUGGGCGGCAAGGGCAUGCCGCUCCCGCAGGCCCCCAUAGGCUUGCAGCCGCCCGGGUUCUGGCAGCCCUGGGGCGAGAGGUACCAACCGCCGCCCCUCGUCUUCACGUCGGAGACACCACGCUGGCCUCCUCGUCGAUGCCCCUCGUGGCCGGCCAGGCGGCCCCGCUGGCGGCCGGCAUCCUGGACAACGUCGGCCUGCCAGAGGGCGGCAAGGGCAAGGAGAAGGGCAAGGGCAAGGGCAAGAGCGGCGGAUGGGAGGACCUCGACAGGGGAAAGGACAAGAGCGGCAAG